CUUGGCCUACGCUCACAUUCAGUUCAAUGGUACUGUAAGUAGAACGGGCGUUGCUGGAUGUGUUGACUUCUUCACUUCGAUUGUCUCAUAAUCCGCAUACAUUUCAUGUGAGCUACUGAACUAUACCAAAUGGCUUCUCUACAAACAUCCCUCAUUUGGGUCAUAUAUGCCAUUGCGAUAGUCCUUGCGGUAUUGGUAGCCUGGUUCCUCAUCCACAUUUAUCAAGCCCCUCGAGAUCGUUCGCGCGCUGUGACCUUAACUUGUAUUUUUACCAUCACAAGUCUUCUUGCAACUGUUCUCCUACUGCCAGUUGAUGUUGCUCUGGUCUCUUCAGCGACGUCAUCAAGUCUGGGCCAAAGGAAAGGUUUGACCGCCCAAACUGAUGUCGACAAUGUUCUUCGUUCCUUGACUGUCGUAUACUAUCUACUCUAUUCACUUGAUGCCAUCCUAUGCCUUUUAGUCAUCCCGUUUAUUUAUUUCUGGUACGAAGAGUAUGAUGAGGUUGCUACUGAAGCAGGUGAACAAACCUCGGCCCAACGACUCUGGGCUGCCCUCAAAUAUACUAUAUCUUUUAUCGCAAUUGUGGCAGUGCUACUUCUGGUCGGCUCUCUUGUUCCUAUGUCGAACGUCGAGAAUGUCACUGAAAGUGAACCUCUUACGGCCUCAAUGGUCGAAAAUCGAGGCGAGCGCGCCCUUGUGUUUACAGUUGGAGUACUUAUGACAAUCGGAGUGCCUUUUUAUGUCCUAUAUACGUCCACGGGCCUUGCUCUUCUCCCUUUGCAGGCAGUCAGAGUUCCGUCAGCACCGAAGGAUACAUGGAAAGCUGCCAUCGCCAUGCAGCUUGAGUCCAACAGAGAACGCCAACGCCAAUUGGAUCGGCGCUGCGGAGGAAAUUCUGGGCUUUUGUCCUCCAAGGAUCGUAGAGAAUUGGAUACCCUUGUUCGGGAGGAGAGGACAUUAAUCCGGCGCCAGCGCCUAGCAGACGAAGCACACGCGGAGCACCGAGACUGGGUCGUCAAACUGUUGCUAAAAGCCGAGGCUACAUGCCGUCCAUUGAGAGUACUGGGCGGCAUUUGCUUGUUGUUAAUCGCGCUUCUUAUAUUGAUAUCCAUGUUAUUGACGUCUAUCGACAAGGCCAGCAACUCGCUCUGCAAACACCGUUGCGGAUACCUCCUCAAACAUAUGCAUAUGUUCAAUCCGAUAGAUUGGAUCCUGGUUCAAUCGGCGAGGAUAUUUCCAAUCGACUACAUCAUGUUCACGGUACUCACUUUACUUCUCUUCUCCAGCUCAGUAUUCGGGAUCGCUACAAUAGGCAUUCGAUUCCUCUGGAUGACAAUAUUUCGGAUCAGAAGAGGCUAUACAUCUCCGCAGGCUCUUCUGCUGACAACGGUGAUCUUGAUGCUGACCAUUUUAACACUCAACUAUUCUUUGUCCAUGAAUGUGGCCCCGCAGUACGCAUUAUUUGGUUCUCAAACUUUUUGUGAUCGCCCGCCAACCCCUGAAGGGCAUCCAGAUUGCUCAGAUAACACGCAACUCAUCAAACGAUGUUCGGACAUUGCAGAGAAUACAGCUGCAAGGCAAUCUUGUACGCCUAGCGUUGCUAGCACAUUUGUGAAUCAUGUGACAACAAAGUUUCCCUUCUUUGGGGUGAUACUUUUCUGGUCUCAAUUCAUGUUCAUAGGUUUGUAUACACCGCCCGUCGCUACUACCGAUUGAAUGGUUCGGUGAGACCUCCGGACUGGCUCAGGAGGGUUGGCAACGACCCCCCAGAGCCGGAAAGCUGGUCAAACCCGGUCAGUUGGAGGAAGUAACACUAUUCUACUCCCGCAUCCCAGCGAGAUCGAUAUUAUUGACCUUUUUGUGUAUCACAGGUUUUUAUUUACUCGUUGUUGUCACGUUCAUCAUUCGCUCACCACGACAAGACGAGCUUUUACUUACCGAGGAAGCCGAGGUAGCCGAGGAGGAGAAUCUCCUAGCGAGCACCGGAAGGCGUGGCAAUACUGGGUUGGAUGACACUGUACGAAGGAUGGACAGGCAGGAUGGCAGCAGAAAUUUAGGAUAAUAAUGCUUGUGUAUCUCGUUCCAAGCAAGAACUCAACCCAGUCAUCAGAAAGCCGAGCA